AUGGUAUCAAGAUAUCGAGAUAUAAUUGAAACAAAUCAAACAAAUUUUUCUAGACAACCAUCAAUUAUAAUUACAACACCUAGUAUUCGACAUGGUUCGACUAGUGAGAUAAAUGUAGAUACAGUUAGUAUAAAUGAUUCAACAUCGAUUACAAAUAAUCAAAAUAAUGAUGAAUCAACAGUUAUUGAUGAUAAUAAUGAAGUUAAUAAAAUAAAUUUACAAUCGACUAAUAAAAAUUCAAUCGAUAUAAAUAAUACAAGUGCUACAGCUACUCAAUACGAAUUUUCACAUAUACUUACAAAAACAUUAGUUGGUUCACAUGGACAAGAAUUAUUACCAAGUGGUUUACAUGCACUUAAACAAACAGCAUCUAUUGUUGAACUUGUUAUGUUAUUAUUUAAUGAAGGACGUUUAUUAUCACAUACAAGUAAAGAUCAUGUUGUUAAAGUAGCUAAUGAAACUGAUUUUAUAGUUAAUCCACAAACAACUGUUGAACGUAAAUCAGAAGAACAAUUAUGUGAACAUUUUAUAACAGCAGCAAGACAACGACAUCAAGUUAUAGCAUUACGUUUACAAGAAAAAUUUUUAAUGAUGAUGAUUAAUGAUAAAACAAUUUAUUUAAAUAACGACGACGACCGUUUAAUACGUAAUCCAAAUGGUUCUAUACAUAAUGAAGCAACACAAAAAUCAUCAUUUAAUGGUAUUAAUGAUGAUAUAAUAAUAUAUUUUAUACAAGAAGAAAAUUUAUUAAAACAAUUAAAACAACAAAAAAUAGAAAAUUUUAAUCAAACAAUAACAGAUGAUGAUGAAAUAUUACAAGUUGAUGAAAAAGAUCUUGAUCAAGAUUUUUCAGGACCAAUACGUUUUUCAACAGAAUGUUCAUUAAUUUGUGGUAUAAAUAUAAUACGUGGUACUUCAGCUAUGACACAUAAUGUUAUGUUAUUUGAUGCUGAUGAAUAUGAUGAAAGUUAUAUAAAAAUUG